UCUCUCGGUCGUCUUGGACGUCUCGGUCCCUGUCUCUGUCGGUGGCUAGUUCCCAAAAGGAUCUUCUUCCGACGAGAACGAUAUCUGGUGGGCUUUCACUUGAGAAAAGUGUCGAAGGAUGCCGCUGGCCCUGGGAGGGAAAAACAAGGAAGGAAGGAUCUUCUAGCUACGCACCCUUGACUUCCUUCCUUCCUUCCUUCGCUCGUCGCGGCAGCUCUUGUUUGCGCUCGACUGUAAUCAGUGUCGCUUGAGCAAAUCCUAUAAUCGAAUGAUCUACAAAUAACGCAAGUACGUUGCUUCGGUUGAUUCGGUCGAGCUACGUUACUGAAACCAUUGCGGGGCCGGUCUGAGCGCGCCGGUAGCCAUCACCAUCCCACCCACCAACCCUCCGUUCUCGGUUUUCGCGAGUCAUCCGUCUUGAGCAUCGACAGCGACAAGUUUGCGAAUCGCUUACCCAGCCCAGCGCACUUACCGCACUGUGGCGUGUUGGUUGGUCACUGGGCCCGCAAGCGGUACGCAAGGGAUCGCUCUCACCAUUACCAUUUUGCACCCACGGUGGUGUGGCCUCGUGGCAGAAAACCAAGGACGCCGGAGACAAACAAGAAGAUAUCAUCAUUAGUCUCCUUCGUCGGGUGGUAUGAUUUAUUUAUCUUUUUACUUUGAUAUCGAUUGAUUCAUGGUCGUUGAUUUUACCGGGGGGUUGUAGUCAAGAGGGGGUGCUGCCGGAAGCCCAAACCGUCGCGCUCGCACCGGCUGUGGAUUGGUGGUUUGUCGGCAUUUUGAAAUUUUAUUGCUCCUUAGCCCCCCCGCGGAGCCGGUACCUCGACGAUGAUUGGUGGUGGAUGUGUGCGACCGUCAGUGCGCGAAAUGCGGCCCGACGGGGCCCUGGAGCCACAUUUCACUUAUCCACUUCCUCCCGGGCCACGUUUCGGAUCCGGAUGCGGCGUAGGUUGACGGGAUGGUAGCCCAUCUCAGGUGAAGAAGACGCGAUGGUUGCCUCAAUUCCGUUCAUUGGAGUUCUAUUUCGGGAUCUUAUUACUGGUCUCCUGAUCCGACCCGACCCGACCCGAUCCGGUCCCCUUGGGCAUCUUAAUGAUGACGAUGCAUUUCGGCGUAGGAUACGGCUGGAAAAUGUCGGCGCGCUUGGCCGGGGUCCUGGGCCUUUUUUGCGUAUAUUUUUUUUGCAGUUUUUGUUUGAAUAGACUUUAGAAACAUAUUGCUCAUCAUCAACCCGGUAUAUUGAGCGGGUAUUUAUAGCGCACCAGGCCGGCCACCGAUUGCUGAGAUGGUCGAUCAUCUGCGCUGGAAUGGCAUCAGUGCGCGGAGGAGGUCCGGAUGGCUUUUGCUUUUAUUUAAUUGGAUUUCCUUCUUUUGAUUUUUGUGAAUGGGGAGGUGGAAUCAUUCGGGAGAGUUCCGUCGGAAAAGAAUGCUCGAAAUUAUGCGAGUUCGCGCCCGCAACCGUCUCAGCAAGCAGCUGGUAGGUUUAACUCCAAUCAAAGCAAUCUAGUGACAAUACUCUUAGUUUGACUUUUUCAACCAGCACCCCGGAUGACAGAGACAGUGCGGGAUCACAAAGUAGGUCAUCACAAGGCGCGACAUGAGAUUGUUUUCUUUUUUCAAUUUUGCUUGGCUAGUCGGCGCUAUUCUUGGCUGGUGUGCAACAAGUGUUCUCUCAGCUGAUGAGGAGAUUCGGGUCAUUUGCUAGGUAAGGACGGCGUCGAAAGUCUUUUGCCGCGUUUUAUUGUAAUUCGUUAUGAUCAGAUCAUAUCUCCCAGGAUAGUUCUUUCAUGUUCAAGGACACUUUUGAGUUGUUUGCGGUUCGGAACUUUUACCGUGACUUUAUCCGUAGAAAACGAAGAGCGUUGCCGGUACUACACCGAGGAUAUUGGUCCAAGUGGGCGCAUGGUGUAAUGGCGUCGGUGCUGUUCGAGAAAAAGAUUACGAUUCCCCCACGGCAGCAACGGAGAUAGGCAACUGGAAGCAAACAUCUCGUUCGUUGUUUUACUUUGGCCUGUUGCGACACGCCCGCCCUAUGAGUAUUGGCCCCCGUUGGAGCCUUGCAUACAUCACCUUCAACGUCAAACAGAGGCCCUUCAAGCACCUCAUCGGUGGGGUGGCGGUGUCUUUGGGGAGCUCGCUGCCCUGCCCGCUGCCAAAGGGUUACCGCGACCAUUCUGAAGUGCGAGAAGUGAGUAGCAUCAGUCGCGCGUCCAAGUAGUGCAUCGGUACCACCGUUUGCAAGUGGCGGCCAGAGUGAGAGAUGAUGGCGAUACUGGAUGGCGGUGAAGGAGCAGCGAUCAGCGAUACUAACGAAGCACUUCGUCGCCAUCGUCGUCGUCGUCGUCGUCCGUCGUCGACAUCGGCAGCUGUAAAGCAUGCGCACGCCUGACGGUGUGACGCGAUCGAUCGGUGUCGAGCUGCUCCACAUCGGUAGCCAUCUGUGAGCUGUGACCGUGGCUCGGUUCGCCUUCGGGUUUUUCGGUCUUUUCGGGAAGCUCGG